UUCUUACAACAGUAAAAGACUCACGGUAAAACGUUAUGGUAGGAUUGCUUUACGUGGACUUAUUUGUGUUAACGUUAUGCCUCACUGAAUAUUAAAUUCCGUCAUUCGACGUAAAUGUUCGAAGCACAUACCGAAUCGAGAAAAUCGGCGUAAUCUUGAAUUGCGGCCUGUAUAUAUAAACCGUAGUCUUUAACUUCAAUACAAAUAUUGUUUGUGCAUGUGAGUGUUUUGAUUUUAAUUAUUCUGCGAAUCUUAGGACGAAGUGUAAUUGUUUAUCUGUAAAGGCUUUGGCUAUUGCGUACGUAUUCCAUAUACAAACGACAGGACUAGGAAAAUGGGAAAUAAGAAUAAAAAGGAAAACGGAGACACAAAACCGCCCCCUUACGCCGCCAGCCAAAGCAAUCCAUCAUUGCACACUGACGUAGAAAAAGAGUUCAAGGUCGAGGAGGAAAUCGAGCGAGGGGAAUGGACCAACAAGGCAGAGUUUCUUCUUUCUUGCAUAGGCCUCUCCGUUGGCCUGGGAAACGUUUGGCGAUUCUCAUACCUGGCGUAUGAAAAUGGCGGAGCUGCCUUUGUCGUCGCCUACAUAAUUCUGCAGAUCCUGAUCGGCAAGCCUAUGUAUAUGAUGGAGCUCAUAGUGAGCCAAUAUUGUGGACGAGGCCCAACCGGUAUAUGGGCCAUGAACCCCUGUGCGAAAGGUAUUGGUAUCUCCAUGGGAGUUAUAUCUCUGGUCGCCUCAACCUACUACAACGUGAUCGUAUCAUAUACACUGUAUUACCUCUUUGCCUCAAUGCAGAAGGUUUUGCCAUGGACAACGUGCAAAGAUGAAUGGCUUGACUAUGGUUGCGUUGAAAAGACCACCCGCAAACUUGAAACCUGUACCGGCAAUGCAACCCUUGAUAUGGUUGAUAAAUGCCUGUGCCAUACAACAAACUACACUUUCAAUGAGGGUCUUACGGUCAAUUGCACCAACACCACCAACACGGCAGUUGCUGAAUUAUAUUUCUAUUUACCUUAUAAUAAAAUGUUUGCUUUACAUUUUACCAUUUACAAACGGCUAUACCAUGUAUUGACUUCUUCCAGCAAAACGGUAAUACAGAAGGCCCCUAAUAUGUAUCCCUCGGAUAUGGGAGCCCCCAUCUGGCAACUGGCCCUUUGUCUCCUCCUGGGAUGGAUUAUUGUAGUUGUGUGCCUUAUUAAAGGGAUCAAGUCCUCUGGAAAGGUUGUGUACUUCACUGCAACGUUCCCGUACGUGAUCCUGAUCAUCCUUCUGGUCCGAGGUUGUCUGCUGGACGGUGCCAUCGACGGCGUUAAAUACUUCAUCGUACCCGAGUGGAGCAAACUGGCCACAUUAGACGUGUGGGCGGCUGCAGCCGGUCAGAUGUUUUUCUCGCUAUCUGUGGCAUUCGGAGGUAUCCUCAUGUUCGGAAGCUACAACAAAUUCAAGAACAACGUCUAUGGUGAUGCGUUGAUAAUAAGCUCAAUGGAUCUCAUCACUAGUAUCAUUGCUGGUUUUGUCGUCUUCACCAAUCUCGGUGGCAUGGCCAAAGCGAUCGGAGUGAGUGUGCAGGACGUGGCAAAGGGAGGUUAUGGUCUCGCCUUCGUUGCCUACCCCGAGGCUCUCUCCAAGUUGCCACCCAAUCAGCUAUGGUCCAUCCUAUUUUUUUUCAUGUUGUUUACACUCGGUCUUGAUAGUCAGUUUGGCUUCUUGGAAACCACUCUUGUCUGUAUCCAAGACGAAUUUCCGCAACUCCGGAAGUACAAGACCCACAUGUGCAUUGGUUUCGGUGUCGCGUUGUAUUUAAUUGCCCUACCAUGCAUCACGAACGGCGGGGACUAUGUGGUGACGUUGCUAGAUUUCUUUGGUGCAGAUUUCUCCGUACUCUUCAUAGCUGUGUGUGAGAGCAUUGCUAUCAUGUGGGUGUACGGAGUCAAGCGGUUUAUGAAGGAUUGCGAAUACAUGCUUGGACAUGCGCCACGUCCGAUGUACUUUUGGGCUUUUUGUUGGUCCGUUUGUGCUCCUUUUCUUACUGGGGCACUGUUCCUCUACCGAAUGAUUAAAUUUAAGUCCCCGGAAAUAACCAAAGGUGUUCCUUACCCACUGUUUGCCCGGGGAAUUGGAUUCGCCCUCACCGCUUUGGUACUCAUUCCGAUACCCCUCACGUUCCUCUACACAUUCUUUACCGCCAAAGGUACCGUGUUCGAACGCUUACGGACGAUUACCACCCCUGAUGACACCUGGGGACCAAACGACGGUAGUAUGAAACACCGUCUGGUCAACACUGUUGAGAUGGUCGCGAAACAUGGCAUUGACAACCCUGAAGUCGUUGCUAAAGGAGACGUUUAUACGCAUUUGUAAUUGGAUUGGUUGAAAAGCCUUGCCUUUCAUAUACAAUAUCCGACUCGUCUGAUAUCACGUGCUAGUAUUUCCAGGAUGUCGGUCACGAUACUGUAUUCCUUUCAUAUACAAUAUCCGACUCGUCUGAUAUCACAUGCUAGUCUUUCCUUGGAGCUGGAUAAAAACGACUUACAGAUUAUUGUAUCCUAAUUUGAAACGGCCGAUUGGUUAACUCGAGUAGAGCUCUUUUUUAGAUGAAGAUAACCUCCUUUCAACUUCAACCAUAUUUAGUACUAUUUUAUAUUAAAAAGUACAUAUUAAGCCAUACUUUGUGUAACGUAAUGUACAUUAUAAUUGUACAUUAUAAUAUAUAAAGGAACAUAUAAAUGAACGUAAUAAUAUAUAUAAUAACAGAAUUUAUCUCAUUGUACAUUAAUGUGUUGUUGUUGUCGUGUUAUUGUUGUAUAAACAAACUAAUUUAGGAAAUAGAAUCUUCGGGUAGGAUGUAAUGAAAUUUGAAAAAUUGAUUAUGGAGAUAUGGUUUCAUUUCUCCAAUGUAAUUCAAUUAUCGGGAACAUAGGUUGAUUUGUCUAUAGCCCUUCAUUAACAAUUCGGCUAGUACAUAACAAACCCCAAUUCAGAUAUGGUAUAUAAUGAAAUUUAAAUAAUGGAAAUAUCCAAUUUCCCAAUGUACAUAACAAAUGCAAGUUCGGAUUGAAUGUAUAUCUUAAGGGUAUCGGGGUUUACGUAAUUGAUUAUAGGAGCGUUAGGUUUCACACUACUAAUGUGGUUUGUCCAUAAGAGAACACCUGGUUAUAUGAUCAAUUAUGUUAAUGAAAUAAGGUCUCCUAUUCACAAUGGUUAUUAUCCACACAUGUUCAACACGAAUGUAUUGGUCAAACGUGAUAAUUGUAUAUUGCACUUUUCUACUGUAACAUGUGGUACAGGCAUGAGCCGUCCAUCCAAUCAACAAGGGUUAUUUGAAGGGGUGGGUUUAGAAAAUCGUCCGAAGAGAAGAGUCAACUAACCAAAAAUGGAAUAAGAGAUAUCUUAAUUUUAUGAUUAUUUUGAUGAGAAUAAAAUGCUGUGUGUUUGUUGUAAGAAUUAUUCUGCACCUCAGAUCUAUAGAACACUUUGUUAGUAAUUUAGUUACGAAUCACUUGGUAUUGUAUUCUACUUAAGAAAAAGAAUAAAUAGCACUUAGAAAUUA